UUAGAGCACACAAUUAAAAUAUCGAAGAUGUUGCAAUGGCUUGAAGAACUUGAUCUGGGUUUCGCAAAAAGGUUCAGUGAAUGUCUACAUUUGUUUGAUGAGAUGGAUGUAGAGAGACCAAUGGCCAACGAAAAAAGAGUAUUGAAUUGUAGAGUUUACAAAACUCGUUGGCUUUUACUGGCUUGGAUAUCAGUGGCACUUAAAGUUAACUUUUUCGCGUUUACAGAUAAUUCACUUAGUUAUUACUUUGCAUCCCCCAAAAAUGCUUUUUCAAUGAUCAACCUCCAGUUGCUGAUUUUCGUUAAUGGUGGACUAGCAUUCUGUUUGUAUUUUGUUGGUCCGAUUACUAAGUACCAUGUCAUCGGAUCUGCUGGAAAAUUUAUAAUGCUUGGUAUUAGUUUAUGCGGUGUUAUAAUUUUAAAACAGUUGGUGGAGGAUAUCAAGUACUGCUAUGCUUUAAUUUCGUUAAACGUGGAGCUUCAAGUAUACAGAGAAUUACUAUUUAAUUCAAAGGAUUAUGGGUCAUGGGAUGUGUUAUUUUUGAUUACUUUGCAGAUAAUUAUUGUGAAUUUAAUUAAAGAUGGGAAUUUGUGGGUUUUUAUACCUACAUUUCUACUUUGGAGGCUUAUAAAUCAUAGGUACAAAUCUAAUCCUUCCUGCUUCAAAUCAAAGCAAUUCUAAUUGGAGGUAUUGUAGUUUUGAUGGAUGUAAGUUUUCAAUGUUAAUGCUUUUUCUUUAUAUUUUGCAUAAA